CCGCCGGCAUGUCGAGUUUCGACCCAGUCCAGUUGCACGUCAAACUGUGAAAAGGAGCUCAGGUAUAUAUACUCAAAACGUAUGACAAUCCAAAACUAAUGAAAUAAUUUCAGAGGAUUAAGAUGAUAAAACAUGAAAUGGUGAAAAAGUAGGGAAACAGUAUUCUUGUCUUGGAGGCCAUGUAAUGUUCAUCUCGACGAAGAAACCUCAAGAUCAAUGUUUUUCCUGAUUUCUUUGUUGCAAAGUAAUCAGGGCGGGGGCCAAAUCUUAUUCUGCCAAGAACAAGACAGGACACAAUAUGGCGUCGUUGUAAAGAUACUAAAAAGUAGCCCUACACAAGUCCAGCACUAAUGAAAAACCCCCAAUUAGAUUCCAUAUAAAACCCUCUUCGAUCAACUUGUGCAAGGCAAGGCAAGGCAACGCUGAGCGAAUCCUCGAGCUCAAUCGAUUACUCUCUUCUGAAAUCUCAUGAUGCAAGCAAAGAAAGGAAUUGGAAACGGAUUAGUCCCGAUCUUACUCUCUUUUAAGCCCGCCUCUUCUUCUUCGUCCUCUCCCUUUUCUUCCCUUUCUGUCUCCAUGGCCGUCUUCAGUUUCCAGCUCAACUCGAAGAUAAUUAUAAUGCUCCUUCUGUUCAAUCUUUUGUGUUCAGAUUUUUCCCAUUUACAGCUUUGCUCGGCUCUCGGCAUCAACUACGGCCAAGUCGCCGACAACCUCCCCUCGCCGGAGCAAGUCCGCGCCCUGCUUACCUCGCUCAGGAUCAGCAAAAUUAGGAUUUACGACGCGAACCCCCGCGUCCUCGCCGCCUUCGUCGGCACUGGCAUCGAGCUCAUCGUCACCGUCCCCAACGACGCCGUCGCGCUGCUCGCCGACCCGCGGCAGGCUCUCCAGUGGCUGACCACCAACGUGCGCCCCUUCGUACCCACCACCAGAAUCACCGGCAUCGCAGUCGGAAACGAGGUAUUCACCGGCGACGACCCGGCUCUGAUGUCCAACCUCGUCCCCGCCAUGCUCGCCCUCCACGCCGCCCUCGCCGAGCUCGGUCUCGACGCCUCCAUCCACGUCUCGACCGCGAACUCCCUCGCGGUGCUCGCCACCUCGUACCCUCCGUCGAUGGGCGCGUUCAAACCGGAGCUAUCCGGGCUAAUGCUGCCGUUCCUGCAGUUCCUGGAGGCGACGGGGGCGCCGUUUUGGGUCAACGCCUACCCGUACUUCGCCUACAAGGACGACCCGGCGGCAGUGUCGUUGGACUACGUGCUGGCCAACCCCAACGCCGGCACGGUCGACCCCUACACUGGUCUACGCUACGACAACAUGCUGUACGCGCAGGUGGACGCCGUGGCGAUGGCGGCGGCGCGAAUGGGAUGCGGCGGGGUGGACGUGCGGGUCUCGGAGACGGGGUGGCCGUCGAAGGGUGACGCCGACGAGGUCGGCGCGACUGUGGAGAACGCGAGGGCGUACAACAGGAACCUGCUCGGCCAGCAGAUGAGGGGGGAGGGGACGCCGCUGCGGCCGGAGCAGAGGUUGGAGGUGUACCUCUUCGCCCUCUUCAACGAGGACAUGAAGCCCGGCCCAACAUCCGAACGAAAUUAUGGGCUUUUUGAGCCCAAUUGCAGCAUGGUUUACAAUGUGGGCCUUGUCGGGCCGAAAUCAUCUGCCUCCAUUUCCCUCACUUCUUCUGCAUCAAAGGUUUUGCAGGGAAAGGGAAAGGAAGAGGGGAGGUUGUGGUACUGGAUAAUUAUUAUUCUCAUAUUCUCAUUGACCUUGCAAGAUUUUAUUUCAUGAGAAUGCGAAUCUAAUAAAAAGGAAUUGAAUGGUUUUUUAUAUAUAUUUUUUCAAGGAAAAAUAUGGGGAGACCAUGAGCCACUUACCACUUCACUAGUCACUUCCUGUCUUCAAUGAGCCAACUGCGGGAGGAAUUGCAACUCGCAAGCACUCAAAAGGCAACGCCACUUUGCGACGUGUAUCGCAUCCCACUUUUAGUCUUUUUAUUUGCUCGGUUUGUAAUUAAAGUGUCUCUAUAUAUAAACUACACAAAGAAGAGCUAAUCACAUAGUUAAUGCCUUAAUGGGAAUC